CGAGCUUAGGGUUAGUUAUACAAUUAUAUAUACCCAAAACGACCCAUGUCCCCACCAGACUCCAGAAUAUCCAAACUCUGAAUUGAAGCAACUUCCAAUUGAAAGACGUAAAAGACAGUUCGACCUUCAAAACGGCAAUAAUGCAAGGGAAUUUCCCACCUUCAAAAUGGAAUAAACCCAUUUUUGAUGAUGUCAAUGUUGUGCGACUAGUGAGAGAAGAAUCGCCUGAACAUUGCAUUUUGAAAAUUGAUUCUUUCUCUAAGGCCCAAGAUGCACUCUUUGAAUCUGGCAACAAUCACUUUAAAUCAACAGAAUUUAAGGCAGGGUCCUAUACUUGGGUGUUUUCGGUAUAUCCCAAAGGAAAUAAGGAAGCAGGUGGAGCUGAUCACCUGUCUCUCUAUGUAACAUUAGUUGACAAACUCGACUUUGGCAGCUUUGUCAACGCAGCUCUUCGAUUUUUCAUUUAUGAUAAGAAUAGGGACAACUACUUGACCAUUCUAGACAUAAGAGACAAACGCUUUCACACACUGAAGAGUACAUUUGGAAUUCCAAAAUUUCUCCCUCUUAGUUCUUUCACUGAUGCUUCUAAUGGAUUUUUAGUUGAUGAUUGCUGUGCAUUUGGUGUGGAGGUUCUUGUCAGGAGCGGCCAGCAGGUUAAAGGGUCUGUUGUGUCAGGUUUGGAGGCUAAGCAGGUCAAAGGAUCAAUUGUGUCAAGUUUGGAGGAUAAAUGUGACAGGACCUACACUUGGAGAAUCGAACAUUUUUCCAAUUUGAAGAAUCCAUCAUAUUCUCCUGAAUUCUGUCUUGGUGAAUGGUCUUGGAGAUUGUCUCUAUAUCCGCGAGGUAAUCCUAAGCAAGAACGAAAGGAGCUUUCAUUGUAUCUUUCGUUGUAUCUUGAGCUCGUCAAUGCAAAAAACCUGACACAAGGAAGCAAGCUGUUAACUGAAUUCCAGCUGUGUCUAAAGAAUCAAGGCAAAGGAGAGGACCUUUUGAAAGAUACCAGUUGCGGUUUCUGUUCAGAAAAGAAGGAUUGGGGAUAUGACUGCUUCCUUCCGAUCAGUGAUCUUCAUAGUGUAUCAAAAAGCUUUUUAGUAGGUGACACUUUAAUUAUGGAAGUAUUGGUGAAAGAUAUGAAGAAAUCUUAUUGGUGAAAGAUAUGAAGAAAUCUUCAACGGUUAAAGUGGUAUAGCGGCUAACCUAAAUUUCAACUCGAAUCUACUAGCUUAGUGAGGCGUGCCAAAAUUGUUUUACUGUUGACGUUUAAUUAAGAACUGGAAGUCUCAUAGUCAUAGUGCAUGUCAAAAUUAUCAGAAAUAAGGAAUAGAACAAUUGAGGCCUAGCUUGAGCCUUGAGGUUACAAUAUUCCUUUGUACAAAUGGUUUUAAUAUUAGAUGAAAUUUUCGAGACUUUUUUCAUUGAAUAUCAGGAUAUGAACACCUGAAGGAUGUACGUUUUUGCUGUUCUGUUAAUGUGACUGUGGUCUAGAUUUUUCA